AUGUUCUCCAUUGCUGCUGCAUUUAUGAACGUCAACACUGAUACUCAAUGGGCCUACAUGGAAGGCUUCCGAACCCUCGACGCCCUGGGCCUCAACAACGCCGCGCUCGCCCAAGCCCUCGCCGCCCUUGUCCGAGUCGCAGAACGUCAACAUACUUUAAGUUCUUGUUAG